AUGAGCAGCGCGUCCUCGAAGCCACGAGCGCCGGUCGUGGGACUGCACGCCGGCAGCAAGAGCGACUUUGGUGACGAUCUGGACGUCGAGGAGCUCAUUGAGCGCAAUCGCUGCCACGAAGAUUACUACAAACUGGAAGACUGCCUCGCGGAGUAUGAUCGUGAUUGGCGCAAAUGCCAAGAGCAGGUUAAGCAGCUUAAGCUGUGCAACGACCGCAUCACUCAGCUGCGUACUACCGCACACGAAGCUGCUGCGAAAAGGAGCAGUCGUCCGUAA